AUGGAGCAUCUACAAUCGUUUCACAGAAAAGUAAAAGAUCAAUUAAGCAGCCAAGAAGAUGCUCUGAUCGUCAUGCUGCAUCACUAUUUGCUUUCCAUCGCACUGCAUUGCGUGGGCGUGGGAGAGGAAUGGGUCGAACCCAUAAAGAAGAUCCAAAAAGACAAAAUGCCCCAAAACUGGAACUCCACGAAAGAAUCGUAUAAACUGAGAUACGUGGACGACAAUGCUAAUAGAUUCUUGCUGAAAGUGUCCAUAUACGAUAGGAAAAGUGAGGAGAAACUUCUUUUUGUCUACUUACAUUAUUUGCAAAAGAAGAGGGCAUGCGGCACCAUCGUUAGUAUUAAACAAUGUGCCAUAGACACAGUGAAUUCAUGGAAACAAUCGGAAACAGCGUAUAAAAUAAACGUCACGAUGUAUCAGGACAUUCUAAAACGUAUGAAAGAAUUCCUCUUAAAUCCGGAAAAAAUGGAAAAGAGUGAAUUUUCGUCUAAAACAAAGACUAAAAGACAAGAGAGUAAGAGUAAAACACAAGAGAAACAAUUACCAGAGUCUUCGUCUAAAUCUGCGAAGGAAAACGUCACAGGUACUUCAUCAAAUGCUGUGAAAAAGGAAACUCCGGAAUCUCCAUCAAAGCCUAGGGAACAGGAUGUCUCCAAGAAGAAAAAAAAGGUUACUUCAAAAUGA